CCGGCCGUUUCGAGUCCGUCGUCGUGUAGCUCCCAUCGUCCUCGUUCCUCCGACCUCUCACACCACUAACCCCAACCACCGCCACCUAUCACCCAGACACCAAUCACCGCAAGCGCGGCCUUCCGGUCAGAUCCGCGCGGCCGUGCCCGCCGACCGGUCCUUCUGCCUAGUUUCUCCGCCCAGCGGGUGGCGAGCUCCUCGGAGAUUCGGCUGGUCGCGGGAAUCCAUUUGUGCCCGCUCGCGUUGCCUGUGGAUCUGGUUUGAGACGGAGGAGAGAAAGCGCGGAGGUGAUCGUGUGGGGUGGGACGCCAUCAGUGCUCUGUCUGGGGUUCGUCCUGCUCUUCGGCUGUAGAUCUGGAAGGGUUUCGUGGGAUCGGUCGCUACGAGCUGUUCCAGUCAGAGCUCCUGCAUCAUCUCGGGCCAUGGCGACUCUGGUCAUCUCGGAGCAGCGCAGCCACCAGCUACACCACUCCUCGGGUCGCCGGAAGAAGGCGUCAUCAGCGUCGCCCCAUUUCUCAUCGCCUCAGUCCACACGCGGCUACCAUGCUGGCAACUGCCGGGCCUUCCAUUCGGGCAUCACCAUCGGCAUCCUGCCGUCCCCGCCCACGCAGGGGGUUGCACGGACCCGCUCCUCCCCUGAGCCCAAGACACCGAAACAGCAGGCUCACCAUGGGAAAAAGCGCAGCCGAGCAAUCUCUAUAAGCCCUUCGACUUCCCCUCCCUCUCGCCCUGAGCUCUGGGCUGGCCCCGGGUUCUGCAAUUCGCCGCCUCCUAGCUCCCUCCCAAUACCCAAGUUCUCCCUCCACCAGAAACGCAGUGUCUCACUUGAGUUUCCACCUGCUGACCGGUCAGACGAUGAAGAGGUGCCUGUGCAUGCCAAAUCAGCGCCUUCAUCGCCGACUGCAGGCUCAGGUGCUACCUUCUUUAGUGGUACUGAUGCUACCAUUGCGACGGAGAAUCUGAGGAGGAUCCUUCACCUGAAAAUUGAGGAUAACUGAAUGGCGGUUGGGCAGUUCUGUGUACAUAGGUUAACUACAACUGACCUUGGUAGUCUGUAUAGGGUAACAGAGAAUAACCACUGUACCUGGUGGUGGUUCUUCAUCAACAGUAGUGCUGUAGGUGGUUAGCAAGCACAGUGAGAAGGUUAGGCAGUUUAAACUGCAGUGAAGGAUGUGGUGGAUUUCACACCACUGCAGUUUCUGAGUCACCUUUGCAGCUUGUACCUUGUAGUCGCCUAUUAGUAGCCAACGUUCCAUUUAGGUGUUAGGUAGUCUUUGCAUCCUUGCUACCCGUCAUUAACCAAUAGCGAUAGCCUUCAUAAUCCUUGCUCCUGUAGUUCAUCAACCUGCCAUAUAUGUAGUCUUCUGUAGGAUGGCCGCAUCUCUUGAAACUUGCAUUCUGUCUCAUAUUGCAUCCUCCUGACUCACCCUUCAUAACAUCUCCUUGUGUUCUGCAAAGCGCACAAGGAUCUCCCCUCUCUGGCACUUCUGUUUUUGGAAUGAAGAUGCUCAGAGUCGUUAUGAAGUCCCGAUUCAAUGUGCUUUCUCCUCCAUGUCUCUACUGACUUUAGCUAUGCAUCUCCGUUGUUUCCUCAGUUCGUUGCAUGUAGCAUGUCAAAUUGUGUUCCUUGCCAUCCAAUCCAUUUCGAUCCGUUCCUCUCGAAGUUGCAUCUAGUGAUGGUUUUGCCUUCAUUUAGGUAUCUUCUGUACCUACUUGUCCCUGUUCAUGUUCCUGGAGCAUGCCCAGGAGUCUAGUCUUCUUCAUGUAUUCUCAUAAAGGGCUUCAUGUAUCAGAGAUCUGCAAAUGCUCAAACCUGAAUAUGGUUUGCUUGUCCAAUGCACUUCAUGUCAUCCAUACCUGGAGUUCGGAAUUGGCCAAGCAUCUUUCACUUAGUUAUCUGUUUUCAUCAUAGUCCAGUAUUGUGCCACUGUUGUUUCUGUGCAAUAUUUGAUGGGCUAGUCUGUUUGUGGUACUGUUUUAGUUUAUGUGUUACUAAUCAUAUAUGGUCUCAGUGUUCCAUGCUGAUGCUGUGGCAUCCUGUUGCUUACUAGUUAAAUACUUCAAUGUUAUGUACCUUCAUGUUAAUUUUGGUCAUGUUUCUGUGACUUGUUUAAAGUUUCAUGUUAUCACACGGUAUUUCCUCCAAGAUCUAGUAUGAUCUUAUGUUUGGUCCAUGUACACCACAACUUCUCUUGUGAUCCUUGUUAUUGUACUUAGGGUCUCUUUUUUAAGGAUAUAUCAAAACUCUGCUUGGUGA